AUGUCGCCGCCGACUCCUCUGCUGUGCACGCUGGUCCUGCUGGCUCUCCCCUUCCUCCUCGAAGCGCAAGGGACGCCGGCGGCGUCACCGGCGCCGGCGGCGGGCCCCGACCCAGUGGCCAUCUUGCAGGGCGCCCGCCAGUACAGCACCCUCCUCCAGCUGCUGACGACCAGAAACCUCGUCGAGGAAAUCGGGAACCUGUUGAAGAACAACCGUGAUGGGCUCACCAUCUUCGCCCCCACAGACAACGCCUUCAACAACCUCCCCCCCGGCACCCUCAACUUGCUCUCUCCGGAUCAACAGACGCAGCUGCUGCUGCUCCACGUAGUGGGCAAGUACUACAGCAAGGAUACGCUCUCCACCGCCAGUAACCCCGUCCGCACGCUGGCCACCAAUUAUACCCUAAACUUCAUCGGCGGCAACAACCAGGUCAACGUGUCCACCGGAGUGGUGAACAUCCCGGUGAACAACGAGCUCUACGUCAAAUCCCCGCUCGCCAUCUUCUCCAUUGACUCCGUUCUGAUCCCGCCGGCGCUGGCCGGCGGGAAGGCCCCCGCGCCGUCGCCGUCGGCGGGAGGGCCGACGGCGCCGUCGACUCCGGCGGAAGGGCCGACGGCACCGACGCCGCAACCGGUGUCGGGGAGCUACAGGAGGCGGAGGGUCGACUGGGGAGUGCUCCUGGGGGCUGGGGUUGCCUUCCUGGGCUUGCUCCGGUGA